UAUUUGAAUCUGUUUAUUAGUUUGUUGACAGCACACUUGUCGGCAUAUCUUCCGCGACAUUAUCUCUUCAUAUCAAACGUUUUAAUCGAAACAUUGAAACACCAAAAUGAUUUCAAAGAAGUUUCUUCUAAUUGUGAUUACAUUCGCGCACCUAGGUCGCAAUGAAGCAACGGCUGAUAACUGUCCAAUCUGUCCAAAAAUUCCGAAACACUAUCAAGAACUGGGCUGUGUUGGAAAGUUGGAUGAAAAAGGAUGUUGUUUCGAGAGUUACGACUGUCCCGAUCUAACCGAAUUAGACAUCAAUGAGUGUCAUUUCAAAGGACGUUCCUACAACAUUUCAGAGCGAAUUCCGAUAUCUGAUACUCCACUGUGUAGCCAUACUUGUCUGUGUACGGAAGGGCAAUAUGGAUCAAAAGUUAGUGUUCAAUGUGCCUAUUCCGAAUGUUCGAGCAUUAUCAAAUCAAAAUUGUACUCCAAAAAUUGUAUCUAUCACUUCGACAGUACCGGAUGUUGUCAUAUACGACGAACUUGUGGUGACAAAGACAUUCGAAAACUGGCUAAAUGUUCGGUCGAUGGUAAAACGUAUCGUGAAGGCGAAAAGUUUUUUCCUCAAAAUAGUAGCUGCCAUUACUGCGUCUGUUCCAACUCAUUUGACGAAUCGAUACCACCUGCAUCGAAUAAAGACUGCCACUUAAUUAACUGUGAAAUCGAAAUUCACUAUUUCGACGAGCUUCGAAGAGGUUGUGUGCCUGUUUAUCAUAGUCAAAGUUCUUGUUGCCCGAUGCGGUUCAGAUGUCCUACCGAAAACGAUGAGGUGAUAUUAACAGAUAGUAGCAGUCCAGGUAAAACUUGCAAAUUUGGUGAUUUAAAUUUAUAUGUCGGACAGAGGUUGAGUCCAGACGACAAGUGUGUCGAAUGUGUUUGCAAAAUUCCUCCGAUGGUGGAUUGUGUUAGGAAGGAGAAUUGCUAAGUGUGGAAGAUGCACUUCUCUGUAGUUGUAACUGAUAGUUUUAAUUUUUGUAUAAUAAAGUUUUUAUAAUUUA